GCGCACGGCGCGGGGCGGACGAGAGCGCGAGGCCGGCGGCGGGGGAGCGCCAGGCGGCCUGGGAGCCGGGCCCGCAGCGCCGAUCGGCCGCCGGAGCUGCGGCAAGAGAUUCUCGCGCAGCCUUUGAGAUGAUGGGCCUGGGAAACGGACGCCGGAGCAUGAAGUCGCCGCCCCUGGUGCUGGCCGCCCUGGUGGCCUGCAUCAUCGUCCUGGGCUUCAACUACUGGAUCGCCAGCUCCCGCAGCGUGGAUCUCCAGACUCGGAUCCUGGAGCUGGAGGGCAGGGUCCGCAGGGCGGCCGCGGAGAGAGGUGCCGUGGAGCUGAAGAAGAACGAGUUCCAGGGAGAGCUGGAGAAGCAGCGGGAGCAGCUUGACCGGAUCCAGUCCAGCCACGACUCGCAGCUGGAGAGCGUCAACAAGAUAUACCAGGAUGAAAAGGCGGUUUUAGUGAAUAAUAUCACCACAGGUGAGAAGCUCAUCAGAACCCUGCAAGACCAGUUAAAGGCCCUGCAGAAGAAUUAUGGCAGGCUGCAGCAGGGUGUUCUCCAGUUUCAGAGGAACCAGACCAACCUGGAGAGGAAGUUCUCUUACGACCUGAGCCAGUGCAUCAAUCAGAUGAAAGAGGUGAAGGAGCAGUGUGAGGAGCGAAUAGAAGAAGUCACCAAAAAGGGAAAUGAAGCUGUUGCUUCCAGGGACCUGAAUGAAAAAAAGGACCAAGGCCAGCAGCUCCGAGCCCCCGAUGAGCCUCAGCCCAGGCCACAGGAAGUCGACCUGCCCCAGGCAGAGGUGCCACCAGUGAAAGGAAACAUGCCCAGUGAUGGCGAGCCCCAGACACCAGCCCCCAGUUCUGAGGUGGCUUUGGAUUUGAGGAGACGAGGUGAGAAAGAGGAGACCAACGAGAUUCAGGCCGGUGGUGAGGAGGCUCUUCGGAGGGACAGGCCGGGGCUGCCACCAGCACCGCCGGGCCCAGAGCAGGCGGCCAAUGAAGACAGGCCUGCGGGCGGAAGAGGCACUGGGGAAGCGGAGGCGGUGGGCCACACCCCGCGGGCGCCAGCAGCCUUGCUGGAGAGCCCAGAGAACCAGGACACCGAGGACCUAGAGCGGGACCAGCUGGUUGUCCCCGACGGGCAGGAGGAGGAGCAGGACGCUGAUGAGGAAGGGAGAAACCAGCAGAAGCUGGGAGGAGAGGAGGACUACAACAUGGACGAAAAUGAGGCAGAAUCGGAAACAGACAAGCAGGCAGCCCUUGCCGGGAAUGACAGAAAUCUGAAUGUUCUUAAUGCUGAAAAUCAGAAAGGAGACAUGAUAAAUUUACUUGAUCAGCGUGAAAAGAGGAAUCACACACUCUGAAUCGGUUGGAAUCCUGUACUUGAUGUCAGGAUUGACCAGAGAUCACUACAAAAUAUUUAUGAGGGGUUGAAUACUGUGAAAUGUACUAAGUAAAAUACACAUCUAAAGAUGAUUGUUGUGGAGUUUUAAUAUGUAUUUUAUGUAGGAAAAUGAUGGUCUGUUAGGUGGUUUUUGGGGGGUAUUUUUGAAGUGUGCACCAUGGUGUCAAUUUGUCAGCUGAUAGGUAAGAGAAGAUCAACACCAGAAAUAGAACCCAAGGUUUCCUGCAAGUAUGGUGACAGUGGCACUUCUUCUGGAAUGUAACUUUGCUGAAAACAAUCAGAGCCCGUAGGAAGAGUCUGUCUUCUGACACCAAGAAGACCCACCACACCUGGGCAUUCUUCUCUGGUACCUCUGGUGUCCCCAUCACAUGCUGUGCUGAGCAGCAGGUACCAGCCUGGUAUUUCUGUUCUCCCCAAUCAGCAAUGAAUGAUUACUGGUUUAUGUUGUCAUGCGCUCACUUCUGGUUCAUUCUGUGGCCUAGAGCGCAAAACUGUUAACGCAAACAUCACUACCAACAGUUUUAAACAAGUCUGUAGACAGAGACAUUUUGUGAGAAAUUUUUAAAAGACCACUUGUAUAACCUUUGUCAUUAAUGUACAAAAAUGCUUCUAAGUGACUUAUAAUUUGAACAUUUGUGUUCUUUGCUUAGUUAUGUGUAGGCAAAGCAAAAUUGUCUCUAAGAAGUCCGUAUUACCAAGAGCCACAAAUGGAUUGACUUUUGCCACUACAGGGGCAGCAGCAGAGCUGAUCCUGGGGCUGUGGCAGAGCAUGGAGGGCAGCAAGGCACACGGUGGCGUGUUUGCUGUGGACAGACUGCCCAUUCACUACAGGAGGACAGGAAGCUGACGCUUAAGGGUAUAUACAGUCGUUACACAGAUGGAAAGUUUAGAAAGGCCGGAGAAACGCAAGUUGUUUUUGGCAGUCUAUAUAUUUGGCUCGUAGUAGAGGACUAUUUUAAAAAGUGAUUUAAAAAUCAAUGUUAAUUUGAAAAGGACUAAUCCUAAUUCACAUUGAGCUGCUUCUCAGUAUUUCUGGUAAAUAGGCUCUUGCCACUUACGAAUGACUGGCAGAGUCACACUUGUGUGACUCUCAGGCCCUCUAAAGGGCAAGUGGGUGGUGAUGCUUAUUAGGAAAUGGGGGCCCAGAGAAGUUAGAGCCCUGCAGGCCAGACAGCUGGCAAGCUGGACACCGGCCCCUCAGCUGGCCUGGACUCCCCAUACCCCUGGCAGGCCCUGAAGGCAGGACCUGGUUUGCAUUCAGGUUAAGAUCUCCAAUGUGAAUGUUACUCAUGUAGGAUAUCUUGUUAAUCACUAAGAUUAAACUCUUCCACCUGGAAAAGGCAAAGAAGGGUGUUAAACACAGCUUUGUAAGGUUUUAUCUAAGUCCUUGUCCAACUUCCCUUUGUGUCUUAGCCUUAGGGCUGAUAGUUUUGCUUUUUCAAUAAUUAAUAAAGUCUCUUCAUUUCACGUUUAAUCAGUGUCCACAGGGUUCUGAGAAAUAAAGGACUGUUAGUCCAAUUGCUUUGUUUUCCCUUCAUGCCCUACUGGGUCCCUGAAGAAUCAACUUGCAAACUGGAUUAAGGGUGGUGAUUUGCCCUAUUAAACCUUUUGUGGACUGAGCUGGGACGUGAAUAUAAAUAAAAAAAAAAAUAACCACACUGAUUCCAUCUUCAUGUGCUGAGGCUCCAAAGGCCAUUUGUUCAGGAGGGGUGUCCUGUGAGCUGUUUCUCCAGUUAUGCUUUAUUACCCCUGGCUUACCUUGAGAUCACGCAGGCACCUGUUGCAAGGCAACGAUUCAUAGAUGUGUUGUGGUUUUAUUUUAAACAAAAACCUGUGUAAUAAGCAAGUAGAUCUCAAAUCCCCUACACUUCGGUUUUUUGGUUUCAGCCAAAAUUAAAUCAGCUAUUCCCAUUUUUAAUAGGUGCAAACUUUUAAAUUCACACCUUCCUCUAUACUCAAAAUGGCGUGUAGACAGGAGUGUGAGGAUUCAUCUUUUUUCUACAGAUGGGACUGCAGAUUCCCUACACAAGACUCAAUCAGAUUUCCCGAAGUGUAAGCACUGCACAUAAUGUACUUUCAUGUGAUGGAAUUUGAGAAAUAAACCAAUCCCUGUUAA